UGAUGGCGGCGGCCGCGGGGGGCCCUGAGGUGUCCUGAGCGUCGGCUGUCUGUCCGCUGGGGCUGCGGACGGGCGGGCGGCUCUGCCGGGCUCGGGCUGCGGCGCGGCGGACUCGUGGCGGCACACAUGGAUGACAGCAAGGUAGUUGGAGGCAAGGUAAAGAAACCAGGCAAACGAGGUCGUAAACCGGCCAAAAUAGAUCUGAAGGCAAAACUUGAAAGAAGUCGUCAGAGUGCAAGAGAGUGCAGGGCCAGGAAGAAGCUGAGGUACCAGUACCUGGAGGAACUGGUUUCAAGCAGAGAGCGAGCCAUCUGCGCUCUCAGAGAAGAGCUUGAAAUGUACAAGCAGUGGUGCAUGGCAAUGGACCAAGGGAAAAUCCCCUCUGAAAUAAAAGCCCUGCUAACUGGAGAGGAGCAAGGCAAAGCACAGCAGAACUCAACCAAACUUGCUAAGGCUGGGAAGACGGAAGCAAACAGCAGCAAUCCCUUCUUCCCCUGUGAUGCAUCACUGACAGGAGGCCAAUGCAGAACCUUUCGCACUGCAGCAGAGAUACCUCGGUAGCUUGCAGAAGAAUGCUGUUCUGAGAAGUGGAUGCAUCCCCAGAUGCAGGGGCAAGGAUCCCAGUCCACUGUCUUCUCUUUGCUCCUCCCCACAUGAAACUCUUUGAUGGUGUUCCUCAGGCUGUGUGGAGUGGGGCUUUUGGGGUAGUAGGUGUUUGUGUAAGUGGAGCAUUGUUCUUUCUUUCGCUACACCACCCUCCCCAAAUACAGCUAUGGCAGCUUUUGGGAAUUUCUGUUAUGAAAUGGGAGCUGCUUUUAUAUCAGAGUCCAGAAUUAGACUGGUUUUGGUUUUGGUAGUUAUGUGGUUGUUAACCACUGUGGGAGUCUGGGAGGUUCUGUAAAGUAAAAGCAAGGGAAGUAUCUCAUAACAACUUUGCUAAAGCCUAACAGAGUACUGUAGGUUGGGGAGAAGGAAAUGAAUCAAAAGCUUUCAGUAAGAAGGUUUAUAGUGAUGUAAUUUGUAACCUAAAUGAAGAUGUUGCUCUCAGCAUCCUUCUGUAAUCCAGCAUGUCUUAUAUGUGAUAGGGAUUCUUCAAGAGAGGUACUAGAUAUAUUUCCUACUUCUGCCCAUACUUCUUUCACUGAAUAUAUUUUCUACCUCCCAUGCUUCUGGUAGGAUAGUCAAAGCAUGUCCCUGCAUCUUGCUUCCAGACAUUCCCUCUCACCCAUUGGGCCCUGCUAUCUUUCUGUAGCUCCCUACAUUUUGGGCCCUAGUACUUUCCUGGACAGCAACUUAAAUUGGGUUCUGCUGCAUUGUCCUGGUUUCCCAGCCAAAGAUAAUGCCAAGAACUGGUAGCAAGGAAACCAAGUGGCAUCAGUUUUAUGAUAAGAAAGGUAAUGGCAAAACUCUCAUGGGCUGAUUUACUCAUACUGGUUAUUUACAGAUAACCUACCACUUUCUUCAGACUGCUCUUUCUCCUGGAUAUGCUUUUUGUAUUCAAAAUGUAUUCAAGAUGUAACGUGGAGAGUGGAGCUCUCUGGAUUUUCAGUGGGGGUUUGGCUUGCUUAUUCUGUUCUGUUUAUGGCAAUGUCUUUCUCUGUAUUUUAUGAAAUGCAUGGAACAUUUUUUAAUCUUAUGUUUUCUUCAUUGUUUCACAGAAUAAAUAUUAUAAUGAAUGAC